AUGAUAAGGUUAUUCUUAUUCACAACUAUUUCCAUAUCGCUCUUAAACGUAAUUAAUUGCGGUUACGCUGAAUGGGAAGAAGUUAAACCCUAUUGUGGUGCUCGUCCAAAUCCGCAAUGUUGCGUUAGUCGAGAUGAUGAUUGUUUUAUGCCCUAUUAUGAUUCUCGGUGUUAUUGCGAUACAUUUUGUUUUCGCGGUAUUGAUAAUCACGAUUGUUGUCCCGAUCAUGACACUGUUUGUGAAGGUAAAAAUGCCACCGUACCAGUUACAGUACCGCCAAAAACGUGUAAUUGCGUUGAUGCAAGUACGGGUCGAGAAUAUUCAUUAGGUGAAUCAUUUAAAAGGGAUUGUAAUUUAUGUCGAUGUAUUACACUCGGUCAUCAAACAACAUUAUCAUGCGAAGAAGACCUUUGUGUUAAUAAUCCCGAUCUUAUAUCACAUAUUAAUAGUCAACAACCAUAUAUUGGUUGGGCAGCAACAUCCUACGAUAAAUUUAAUGGUGUUAAAGUGAAAGACGCAUUAAAACAUUAUCUUGGUACAAUACCAGACCGAAGUUUACGUACAAUGGUUGAUAAUGCUCCACACAAUACAGAUGAUUAUUAUAAAAUGGAAAAAGUAGAUUCGUUCGAUGUUCGUACGCAUCCUUUAUGGUGUGGGAAAAUUCGUGGUAUUCGUGAUCAAGGUAAAUGUGGUGCAUCAUGGGCAUUAUCAACGGUUGAUGUUGCUGCCGAUCGUUUAUCGCUUGUACAAAAUAUAACAAUACCAAAAGAUCUGUUCAGUGUACAAAAUAUUCUUUCGUGUACAGAUCAAGAUGCCAAACAAGGUUGUGAAGGUGGUCGCAUUGCAUAUGCAUGGGGUUUUAUUAAAGAUCGUGGUGUGGUUACAGAAAGUUGUUAUCCGUAUGAAAGUGGUACAACAGGUAAUAUCGAUGCAUGUAAAUUUCAUUUGUCUGAAAAUGAAUUAAAUAUGAUAUCUCAACAUCGAAAAUUAAAAAAUAUUAAAUGUCCAUCGAACGCUAACAAAGGCGAACAUUUUAAUUUUGGUCCAGCUUAUCGCGUUCGUGAUGACGCACUUUCAAUUAAAUAUGAAAUACAUUUCCGUGGUCCUGUACAAGCAACCAUGCGUGUCCCGCCGGAAUUUUUCUUGUAUAAAUCUGGUGUUUUCCGUUGUGGUGGAUCGAGUUAUCAGAAUCACAAUCCUCGUUAUGCUGAUUUGGCUGCUUAUCAUUCAGUUCGUUUACUCGGCUGGGGUGUAAGCACUGAUCCAAGUACAAAUCAGCCAGAAAGCUAUUGGAUUGUUGCUAAUUCAUGGGGUACUGGAUGGGGUGAAAAAGGCUAUUUUCAUGUUCGUUUCGGUUCAUGCGAAAUUGAAGAAACAGUUAUUGCAACAUAUGGGAAAUCAACCGAUGUAUUAAAGAAAAAGAACCACCGUCAAUAA